AUAGACAAAACCAAACAUCUCCUCCCUCAGUCGCCGAGAGUUCAGAGAUCUCCUCUUACACGAUCGAUCAGUAUCACUUGCAGCUCGGAGAGCUUCACCAAGCUCUGGAACUACACUAAUGGGGUUGGGAUUGCUCGCUUCCAGGGUCCUCCGACCCACAACCUCGACGGCGAAAUUCCUCAGCCCUAGGACCUCCUUCCUCAGGGCCGUCACCUCCACGCCGGAGCUCAAGAACGCCGACCAAUCAGCUGCGGCGGCGGCGGCGGCAAAUCCGGAGCCUGAUCUCCCGCCUCGGAAGCCGGUCGGCGGGGCCAGGGUACACUUCCCCAGCCCCGCACCGGAGGACGCCAUCGAGGUGUUCGUCGAUGGCUAUCCGGUGAAGAUCCCGAAGGGCUUCACGGUCCUCCAGGCCUGUGAGGUUGCCGGCGUCGAUAUCCCCCGCUUCUGCUACCACAGCCGCCUCUCCAUCGCCGGCAACUGCCGCAUGUGCCUCGUUGAGGUCGAGAAGUCCCCCAAGCCCGUCGCCUCCUGCGCCAUGCCCGCGCUUCCUGGGAUGAAAAUAAAGACUGAUACUCCAGUAGCAAAGAAGGCCCGAGAAGGAGUGAUGGAGUUCCUACUGAUGAAUCACCCAUUAGAUUGUCCAAUUUGUGAUCAGGGUGGAGAAUGUGAUCUCCAGGAUCAGUCCAUGGCAUUCGGGUCUGAUCGCGGCCGCUUCACAGAGAUGAAGAGAUCUGUGGUGGAUAAGAAUCUUGGUCCUCUGGUGAAGACUGUAAUGACUAGGUGCAUUCAAUGUACAAGAUGUGUUAGAUUCGCAACAGAGGUUGCUGGGGUUCAAGACCUUGGUAUGUUAGGUCGUGGAAGUGGAGAAGAAAUUGGAACAUAUGUUGGAAAACUCAUGACAAGUGAACUUUCUGGAAAUGUGAUAGACAUAUGUCCUGUGGGAGCCCUGACCUCAAAACCUUUUGCAUUUAAAGCCCGAAAUUGGGAGUUGAAAGGAACUGAGAGCAUCGAUGUUACUGAUGCCGUAGGAUCCAACAUUCGCAUCGACAGUAGAGGUCCAGAGGUCAUGCGCAUCCUUCCAAGGUUGAAUGAGGACAUAAAUGAAGAAUGGAUAUCAGACAAGACUCGUUUCUGUUAUGAUGGUUUGAAGAGGCAAAGGCUAAACGACCCUAUGAUUCGUGGUGCUGAUGGGCGCUUUAAGCCUGUGAGUUGGCGUGAUGCCCUUGCUGUAGUUGCUGAAGUUGUUAAUCAAGUUAAACCAGAGGAAAUUGUGGGGGUUGCUGGUCAGCUGUCUGAUGCAGAGUCCAUGAUGGCACUAAAAGAUUUCUUGAACAAAUUGGGGUCUAACAAUGUUUGGUGUGAAAGAAAUGGUGCCCAUCAUGAUGCUGAUCUCCGAUCUAUGUAUCUGAUGAACACUAGCAUUGCUGAUCUUGAGAAGGCAGAUGUUUUUCUCUUGAUUGGUACCCAGCCAAGGAUUGAAGCUGCUAUGAUAAAUGCUAGAAUCCGGAAAACAGUUAGAGCUACCAAUGCUAAAGUUGGGUAUCUUGGUCCUGAAACAGAUUUCAACUAUGAUCACCAACAUCUUGGCACAGGUCCUCAAACGCUAGCAGAACUGGCUGAGCGUCGCCAUCCCUUUUCCUCGGCUCUCUUGAAUGCCAAAAACCCUGUUAUUAUUCUUGGGGCCGGGCUCUUUGAUAGGAAAGACAAGGAUGCAAUUUUUUCUGCUGUUGAGACCAUUGCUGAAUAUUCGAAAGCUAUCAGACCUGAUUGGAAUGGUUACAAUGUAUUGCUUCUCAGCGCUGCUCAGGCUGCGGCACUUGACCUUGGACUUGUGCCGGAGUCUGAAAACAGCAUCGAGUCCGCAAAGUUUGUGUAUCUGAUGGGUGCAGAUGAUGUGAACUUGGAGAAGGUUCCAGCUGACGCCUUUGUGGUUUAUCAGGGGCACCACGGGGAUCGGAGUGUGUACCGCGCCAAUGUAAUUCUUCCUGCAUCAGCAUUCAGUGAGAAGGAAGGUACAUACGAAAAUACCGAAGGUUGCACUCAACAGACACUGCCUGCUGUUCCAACAGUUGGUGAUGCCAGGGAUGAUUGGAAGAUUAUUAGGGCUCUAUCGGAGGUAUCAGGGAUUCCACUGCCCUAUGAUUCACUCGGGGCAAUUCGAUCCCGGAUCAGAACCGUGGCACCAAACCUCUCGCACGUCAACGAAAGAGAGCCAGCUACUUUUUCGCCUUCCUUGAAGCCUAAAGUCGCUCAGAAAUUGAGUCAGGAUUCCUUCAGAACAGCUGUUGAGAACUUUUACAUGACUGAUUCCAUCACCAGGGCAUCAAAGAUAAUGGCACAAUGCAGUGCAUCACUGUUGAAGAAGUGAGAAAUGGUCGAAUUUGUACUAUUUCAAUAAAGCUUCAAAUUUUCUUUUAUUUAUUCUCUUCGUUUGGCCAGAGCUUCUGGAAACAUUGGAAGUACUUCCAAUAAAAAUGAUUUUAGGCUUUCUUUGA